AUGGGUAUUGCUCUAGAUCCCGAGAAUAAUGACGAUCUUUACAUCUUAAAGAACAAGAUCAAAGAACCUACAGCCAUUACAUCAAUUCGAAUAUCUCCCGAUGGGACAAAAAUUGCAUUGGCUGUUGAAAAUAAAGUCAAAAUUUACACAAUAUAUGAAGGAAAACUCAUUGGCGAACUACUAGGCCAUACAAAGGGGAUAUCCGAUAUCAAAUUCUCCCCCAUAAACUCAUCCAUCCUCGCAUCAUGUUCCGAUGAUUUGACGAUACGACUUUGGUCCAUAAAUAAAUCUUCAUCGAAAUGUAUCAAAAUCUUUAAAAAGCACACCUAUCACAUCACAACUAUCCAAUUCAACUCCAAGGGUAAUUUACUAAUCAGUGGCUCAGCUGAUGAAACUAUAACGAUAUGGGACAUCAUCUCGGGGAAAAUCUUGACGACAUUAGCCGCCCAUUCCGAUCCAAUCUCGAGUUUAACCUUGACGCCAGACAAUUCAAUCAUUAUAAGUGCAUCUUAUGAUGGAUUGAUUCGAUUAUUUGAUUUAGAAAGUUAUCAAUGUUUGAAAACCCUAACUACGAGUACAUCAUCGCAUGGAACUGCCACCAGUUCACUUUCAACUACUGAUUUACAAAAUUUCCCCGUGGCAAAUGUCGAGACAUCCCCCAAUGGCAAAUACAUCUUGAGUACAAGUUUAGAUGGAACUAUUCGAUUGUGGGAUUAUAUGCAAAACAAAGUGGUAAAGACAUUUAUUGGGCCACAAGAGACGCCCAUUUGUGAAAAGUACAAUUGUGAACUGAGAUUUGUAAUUUAUAAUGGAUUGAAUUUGAUUGUUAGUGGUAGUGAUGCAAAUGGUGUCUUGUGUUGGGAUAUUAAACUGAAGCAAAUGGUGUGGAAAUACCGAGAUAGUGAUUUAAAACAUGCAAUUUUGUCUGUUGAUAUAUUUGAAGAAGGGAAAUUACUAGUCACUGGUGGUUUGGAUGGGGUUGCUAAUAUAUUUGAAAUAAAUGCCAAUUGGAAACAAAUGAGCCAAUAA